GACGUGCUUCUGGUUGCUUGGCAACUACAGCUCAAACUAAGUAAACAACAGAACUGGGCGAGUCGUAGUAGCUUUGUAUUUUUUGUCAAUGUGCUAAUGAUUCAUUUUUAAAAUGCUAUGGACAUUAUGGCAAACUCAAUUCCUUUAUAACUCAACACAAAAUUGUCAUUUAUGAGCGUUUUAUUCACAUAAGUUGACGAGAAAGUGUUCCCUUGACUCUCCGACUCUCUGUCUAAAUUCGGCAUGCGUCGUGUCAAAUCACGGGCGGACAAAAGCAGCACCGAUGUUGGUCCUGUUAGUGCUGCUCCACCACCGGCCUCAGUCCAACCUGUAGUAGAGACUAUGGACACGGCAGCCGACCACCUUACUGACAUAAUCACACAAGAGGAGGGGGAGGAGGUGGCGGUGGACAUCAUAGCAGAUGUGAUGGACAGUGUGAUGGACAGAUGCUGUCAGGUGUAUCUGCAAAGACAGCUGAUACCUUUCUCAGUUUGGUGGGCGCGAAAUAACCUGGUGCAGACGCUUGAAUGUCUUUUCCUUAUGAGGGAUGAGGGGGAUGAUCCAGAACGUGAACCUUUUUGGAAAGAGGACCCAGAACCUCAGCCUGGGGCUAUUGAUUCUUGGGCUGAGGGAUGUGUGCCUGUGGUGCAUGCUGCUCAGAAAUAACACACACCUUUAUGAUAGAACUACACAAGCUUCAACCAUCUUUAGUUCCUGACCAAUGCAAGAUGCUACCAGUUUAUUAACAAAACCUUAAGAAAGGCUUCAACUAAAACAUUUAUGAAAUCAUUUAUUAUUAUUAUUAUGUAUAUUGUUUCAUGCAUGGAUCUAUGAUUCAAAUUUUUAGUAAAAAAAUAAUAUGCAGUUUUAAUCUACAGCAAUUCACUCUUUUGGCCACAAAGUGUCACUGUUUGAUUAGGAAAAUGGCAUUCUGGUAGCUUCAUUCUAGUAACCUUUAAGUCAACAGUUCAACAUUGUUCAUGUUACCUUUUUAAAAUACUAAUUUCAUUCGCCACUAUUCCAUAUAGUGUCUUUACUUGGUGACAUUCAAAACAUUGUGACUCUCUGAUUCCCACAAAAAAAAAAAAUGAUUCAAAGGCUUUCCUAAUUUAGUCUGCAUGACAUGCAAAUACACAAUAAAAACUUCACCUUCUGUUUUUUCAUAAUCUUUUAAAAUCCCGCAAUAGUUUAGAAAUGCACUACAUAUUUUUAGCUCUCAGAUUUAGUUUAAACUCACCAUCUCUGUGGUAUGUUGAUUGACAUAUGACCCCCUUAUUUGUCUCAUCAUACAUAUUUAUGAAUAUUUACUCAGUUGUCUUUUAGAGAUCAACUGUCUGCCUCCCGCUGCCUAUGGCGCCUUUUUGCACCAAAACCUUAGGCAGUUUCAUGAAUGUUUUCAUGAAUUUUAAACAAUAUUUCCUUUUAAGUUUGUUCCUCUGUAAUGUUCUGGUUCUCAUACACACACACAAGGCGAGGCGUGCCAAAAGUUUGACAAUUUGGUUGAAAGACAAGCACUGAAGUGACAGAAAUAUGUUCUUUCUUUUUACUUUUGUUUAGUACAAAGUACAGAUAUUUAACAGUCCAAAUGUUCGAUAAAAACAAAACAGCUCAUUAACGUAUCCAGAUGUUACAAUAGUAAAACAUUGUACCACAGCUUGCUAUUAUUCAAAAUGUUGUUAAAUGUAUUAAAAAUUUAAACAUUUCAAAAACAGUUUUUAAAUACAUUUUGAUGUCUUGUAUUUUCAGGCAGUCAGUCAGAAAAUUCACCACACAAAACAGACUGUAGCACAAACUGUAUUUAUUAGUUUCAACCCACCAAAUUUAAUGUAGUCUAGGAAUUGACUUUUAUCUUUCUCAGUUUUGUUAAAGAUUUUUUUGAAUAAAGGCAUCACACACAAUUUGUUCACGUUCACAUCAGCCAAAUGACAGAUGAAUGUAGGGCGAAGUAGUAGUAACACUCAGAAUGUUUUAAUGUUGUUUUUCCCCACUAGCCUACAAACCUUCAGAGGUGUAAAGUACUUGAGUAAUUUUACUUGAUUACUUAAAGGUGCAGUGUGUAAUUUUUAGAAGGAUCUCUUGACAGAAAUGCUAAAUAAUAUACAAAACUAUAUUAUCAGGGGUGUAUAAAAACCUUUCAUAAUGAACCGUUAUGUGUUUAUUACCUUAGAAUGAGACGUUUUUAUCUACAUACACUGAGGGUCCCCUUACAUGUAAGUUGCCAUUUUGUGCCGCCAUUUUUCUACAGAAGCCCUUAACGGACAAACUUUUUUACUAAGUUGUCUCCAACAAUGACAUGUUUGUCUGGUGGUGGCUACCAUAGCUUCUCUAUGUGUUUCAAAAGCGAGGGGUGACCAGUGGACUAAGCCGUUGGUUACAAUUCGCAACUUCACCACUAGAUGCCGCUAAAAUGUACACACUGCACCUUUAAGUAUUAUUUUUGGGGAUUUUUACUUUACUUGAGUACAAUUAAAAAUC